AUGUCUUCAAGCAUUCUCUCCAACAAAGACGUCAACAUUUCAGCCAUGAAUCAAGUCAACAACGUCGAUGAGAAGAAAGUGCCAGUUGGUACUGAUCCAAAGAGUAUGGAGUAUCAUCGACAGGUUUUGCAGAAUAAAAUGCAGCAGAAUCAGGGUCAAGAGGAAAAGUACAUCUCGCCAUCUGAUACCAUUCAAUCGCCAACUACUGCCAAGUUGUCGGCUUAUCGUAAUAAACAGGUUGGAAAAAAUGCCAAGCCCCGCUCCCUCUUUGCCAAAACCUCUGCCAAAAACCUCACAACUGCAAACAAUGACCAGCUCUUCGGCCAAGAUAUCUCGAGCUCCAAGCAAACCACAACUGCAAACAAGGGGCAACUCUUCGGCCAGGAUAUCUCAAGCCCCAAGCAAACCACAACCGCAAACAAUGGCCAGCUCUUCGGUCAAGACAUCUCCAGCCCCAAACAAACCACAACCGACGAUGAUGCCGGUGAUGCCAUGCAAGAAUAG